GCGCCCCUCCCCCAACCGAAAGAAUGGUCGCUUGGCUCCCGCACAGCACCCCCUGACCCUAAAGCUCGAGGGGGUGGCCUGGCUGCGAUCCCCGGAGCAGAGCUGGGCGCUCGGCCUGCCUCCUAGCGCAGUCAGCCCCUGCCUCCUCGAGCCAUGCACUGCGAGACAUCCGCCCCGCAGCGGCCCCCCAGGCCUCCCUGCAGCACCCUGUAAUGCAAUUCACCGUGACGGGAGAGGCGGCGACAGCACCUACGACGGCGGCGACAGCAACAGCACUGCCCCAACCUAGAGACUGUCUAGAAAGAGGAGGAAAAUGGCUCCGAGCAGGGACCGCCUGCUGCACUUUGGGUUCAAGGCGACUAUGUUCUCAAACAGUGAUGAAGCUGUAAUCAAUAAAAAACUUCCUAAAGAACUCCUAUUAAGGAUAUUUUCUUUCCUGGAUGUCGUUACCUUGUGUCGCUGUGCUCAGGUCUCCAGGGCCUGGAAUGUUCUGGCUCUGGAUGGUAGUAACUGGCAGCGAAUUGAUCUGUUUGAUUUCCAGAGAGAUAUUGAGGGCCGGGUAGUGGAGAAUAUUUCAAAACGAUGUGGGGGCUUUUUACGAAAGUUAAGUCUUCGUGGGUGUCUUGGAGUAGGAGACAAUGCAUUAAGGACAUUUGCACAAAACUGUAGGAACAUUGAAGUACUUAAUCUAAAUGGGUGUACAAAGACAACAGAUGCUACAUGUACUAGCCUUAGCAAGUUCUGCUCCAAACUCAGGCACCUUGACUUGGCUUCCUGUACAUCUAUAACAAACAUGUCUCUCAAAGCUCUGAGUGAGGGCUGUCCACUGUUGGAGCAGUUGAACAUUUCCUGGUGUGACCAAGUAACCAAGGAUGGCAUUCAAGCUCUAGUGAGAGGCUGUGGGGGUCUCAAGGCCUUAUUCUUAAAAGGCUGCACACAGCUAGAAGAUGAAGCUCUCAAGUACAUAGGUGCACACUGUCCUGAACUGGUGACUUUGAACUUGCAAACUUGCUUACAAAUCACAGACGAAGGUCUCAUUACUAUAUGCAGAGGGUGCCAUAAGUUACAGUCCCUCUGUGCCUCUGGCUGCUCCAACAUCACAGAUGCCAUCCUGAAUGCUCUAGGUCAGAACUGCCCUCGGCUUAGAAUAUUGGAAGUAGCCAGAUGUUCUCAAUUAACAGAUGUGGGCUUUACGACUCUGGCCAGGAACUGCCAUGAGCUUGAAAAGAUGGACCUAGAAGAAUGUGUUCAGAUAACGGAUAGCACAUUAAUCCAGCUUUCUAUACACUGUCCUCGACUUCAAGUAUUGAGUCUGUCUCAUUGUGAGCUGAUCACAGAUGAUGGAAUUCGUCACCUAGGGAAUGGGGCCUGUGCCCAUGACCAGCUGGAGGUGAUUGAGCUGGACAACUGCCCACUAAUCACUGAUGCAUCCCUGGAGCACUUGAAGAGCUGUCACAGCCUUGAGCGGAUAGAACUCUAUGACUGCCAGCAAAUCACACGGGCUGGAAUCAAGAGACUCAGGACCCAUUUACCCAAUAUUAAAGUCCACGCCUACUUCGCACCCGUCACUCCACCCCCAUCAGUAGGGGGCAGCAGACAGCGCUUCUGCAGAUGCUGCAUCAUCCUAUGACAAUGGAGGUGGUCAACCUUGGUGAACUGAGUAUUUAAUGACACUUCUAGUUACCGUGGAGUCUCUCCAGUGGAAGCGACCCCAGCAUUCUGGGCAAGGGUUACAAAGCAAGGGCAGUGUCCAGAUCCCCAGAGUCACACAUGCACAGGCAUACACACCCUCACCCCUAUCCAUCAUAGUUCUGUGACCAUGGGACUGAAGUUCAUCCUGGCUUUAUCAAGUGGAUUGGUAAAACUUAACUAUUCCUGUUGGACAUGCCCAGAAGAAAUCAUAGGCCAUGGCAGAGGGAGGGGACAUUCCAGCAAAACGCAGUGUUACUGGUACUGUGGUUUCUUUCUUUUGUUAAGGGGUUUCUUUGGGGAAUUUUAAACAGUAACUGCAAUCCUCCAGGGUGAAAGAUAGCAUGGGAAAAUAAUUUAUGAUGUGUCCAGGGACCAGAAAGAAAAUUUCUUUGCAUUCUAGAAAUGGUAGCCAUCCAUUGCAAGAUGCCUACACAGCUUCUGUGUCACCUUGUUUCCAUUACAACAUACUGAGCAUGCUCACAAAGAAGGCUCAUCCAGUCGGCUGAUGUUUUAGUAUUUGGCUCAGAGGUUUCCUAAAUGGCUGCAUUGAAAUCGCUGGGGUCCAAAUAUGAUUACUUAUUUACUCAAGCUAUCACUGUCUGUAGCUCACUGUACACCUGUCUCCAUUCACUGUUGCUCCUGCUGCUCUCGCUCAGUUUCUCACUGGUUCAUAGUCUUCUACUUACACUCAGUUGUUACUCUUGCUGAUGUGUUUAAAGUUUGCAUUUUGGAUGAUUAGUUGGGGUUACCAAACAUUUUUAAAAGAAACAUUAUCAAUAAAUAUUUUUUUAAUCUAAAUUUUACCAUUAGGGGACCCUGCCUGAAUCUUUGCCAAUCUGGAAGGAAACUAACAAAAGCAAGAAUGUUAUGAGAAGAAACAGUUAUUUUGAUGAAAGCAAACUUUUGGUUUCUAUUGUAUCUUGUAAUACAUGAAUCAUAUGCACGAUGUGCUCAGUAUUCACCCUGUACAUUUUUCUUCUGUCAAACUCCAUGAGCUGUUUAAGGAAAGAGAAGUACAUUAUUAGUAAGAGUAGAUGGCAAAUCUUCUAACCAAGCUUCAAAGUCCCCAGUACCCAAACUCAGGCACAAAUGACUAGUAUUGUUAUGUGUUGACAGGACUGUGGUAUGAUCAGUGGCAUCUCUGACCUGUGUCUGUGAGGUUACUUGCUUUAUCAAGAAUGCUGCUGGAGGAACUAUAGUCAGUUUCUUUAUUUUCCCCCAUUUGAGUCCAUCCAGGAUACAAGCAUGGCCCCAUAGCAGUUGGCUGUCCAUGUCAGUGUUAACAGGCUCUAUCUAAUCUUGGCACCUUAAAAGACCCAAACCUGUCUGUGCUGCAGACUCCUCUGAUAUGAAGACAGCCAGGUAGAGGCAUUGGGAUAGCAGAAGAGAGUCUUGAAAAGGAUUAGGGGCUCAGUGUCUCUGCCAAGCCUGAGGAAAGGGGUUUAGUGCCUAUGGUUCAGAGUCUAAGAAGAAGCAGUUCCUUCCAAAAAAAAAUCUUAAAACCUCAUAGAAAAUGAGAGGGAAAAACAGGAGUUUCUAAAGCAGAAAAUUACUAAACCCCAAUGUUAGAGGCCUUGUGUGAUUUUAUUAGUGUGAUUUGGAGGAAGGGGGCUUUUAGGAGAUGAAUGUGUAAGCUGCCAUGAUCCUAUAUUACCUUCCAUAUAACCCAGACUCCUAAAAGAACUGUUUUGAUGCUACAGGUACUGGUUCUACCAGCAUAUGUAAGAAUAAAGUCUGAUGUAUUUCUCCAUUGAUGUAGAAAGCAAUCAGAUGAAAGAGUCUUAGACAGCUAUACCACCCAGUUUAUUUAUAGUAUUAAAUUUAUUUUCAGUCCUAUUUUAUUAUGCCCCUUUGAAAACUCAAAUUUCUUAUGUUUUUCAUUCCUCCUUCUCUUUAUUCUGUUUCCAAAUAACCAUAGAAAUAGUGACUCAUCCUGCUUCACCUGACAGGAACAUGGACACAUGAGCACCCCUUUUUUUUUUUUUUGAGGGGAGACAAAGUCUUAUUCUUGCUGGCCUCAAAUUUGUGGUUA